GUGUAGGGAGAUGGUUUCAUGCUGCCCCACGCUGCCCAUGCCCUGCUCUCUGGAUGUUGCUGAGGGAGCAGAGCCCUGCCUGGCUCUAGGGGGGGCCAUGCUGCUGUCAGAGAGCCCCUGCCCUGAGCGGGGGAUAGGGGAACCCUGCCCUGAGGGCCCAAGACCAGCCCUAUGCACACCCCCAGCAGACCCUGGUGCAUCCUCUGGCUUCCCAGCCACUGGUGGGCACUUGUGAACUCUAAAAUGGAGGGAUGGGGCAGAUGGCCAGAGGCAGGGGGAGCCACAGAGGGGCCUGUAUGUCCUCCAGAGGUCACAAGGGCCCUGCCCUCCACAGCUGAGCCCACCUCCUGCCACAGCUAUAGCUCAUCCCUCUGUCUGGCUUCUGGUGGCCCCCAGUGGGCACAGCUGCUGGCACAGAGGUGAAUCAGGAGUAUCUUCACCCCGGGACCUGUGCCGGAGGUGGCCUUGGGACCAUGGCCCUGGGCUGCUGCCCCCUGAGCAGGCGGCUCUCUCACAGGAGACUCUGCUGCCUUAAUGGGCUUCCAAAGCGUCCUGAUGAAGAAGGACGUGGGUCUCCCACACAGCUUUGGGAUGACAUGUGCCUGACUGUCUUACCCUCCCCCUCGCAGGGAGCUGAGCUUGGCCAUGGGGGGCUCGCUUUCUAUCUUGGGCCUGCAUGAUAGGGGACAGUGCAGUCCCAAGUCCUGAGUGCUGCCUCUCAGCUAGUCAUAACGGAAACGUGGCCAUAGCCCCAGCACUUCCUAGGCCCCCAGGAACUCCCUCCCCUGGCUGGCUGCCCUGCACUGCAGCCCCUGUUUGGCUGUGAUGGGAAGCCCAGCCCCCCCAUGUGUGGUGGAGGUGCCGGUGCCUGUCCAUCUGGGCAGGGAGUGCAGAUUCCCGAGCUGCCUCGGAAGCGGUUAUUACAGUCUUUCCACAAAAGGGCUUAGGUGGGCAUUGGUAGGGUUCCCAGCACCUCAGGUGGUCUUUGCUUUGAGACUGGACACAUGCAGGUAGUCUGGGAGUGUGGUGUUCUCGCCCAUGGGAGUGACACCGUGCCGUGUAGUGGGCUGUACAGCAGGUAGCCCUACAGACUCGUACGCAGAACCUGGGGAGGACAGACAUGGGCUUAGGCCAUUGGGCAUGGGCAGAGCAGGGCCUGGAUGCACAGGGAUUCAGAGUGGUCUCACUUUGGAGGUAGACACAAGUGGGCUUCUCCCUCGCCCCAGGCAAGCUGCCCCUGUACCUGGCCCCUUUCCUGCUGGGACAUCAGGUCACCUGCUGGACCCCGAGGGCCUCUCCUCACCAUGUACCCCCAGUUGCAGUGACCGCAGGUGGCACUUAAGGUCCUGUAUAUGCCCACUGUCUGGGAGAAUCCCAGGCCUUUUGAGACACUCUGCCAUGUGCUGACCAGGACCCCACAAACCAGACAACCAGCCUGCCAGGAUGGACUGCAGCUGGAAGGAGCCAGAGGGCAAGACCUGGGGGUGACUGCACCCCAUCUGUGCAUGCCCCCAGUGCACCUGGUUCACGGCUGGUGAGCGGCUGCAGAGCAGCAGUGAGCAGACUCAGAGGAACACGGGGAGACUUGAGGCAGCAGCUGGCGUGGAUGUCAGCACAGUGGAGUGGGCGGUGUCCCUUGGUGCUCUCCAUCUGCCUUCUCAAGGACUCUGUGUGCACACCCAGGUCAGCGACACCAUACGUCCUGAUUGACAAGGAUCACUGAUGCUGACCAAAGCAAGAAGGAGCAGCAGCUCCACUCACUCGCCUUUCCUCCUGGAGCUUCCUGUUUGGGAUUGUCCUUCAAGGUUAAAAAAGUUCACACCCUUCUUCAAGUCUCUGAAGUGUAGCUAUUUUGACUUCCUUGCUGAUGCCCAGGGGGCAGAUUGGAGAGGCCCUUCCCAAAAAAGCAUUUCCAGAGCCAGCCAGGUCCCCUGCCAGGCCUCUCCAGGCCGCCCUGGCCGUGGUCUAAAUGGAUGUGAUGGAGGAAUCCACCUGACCCAUGAACGAGUCAGGGUGGGGAGGGACAGCAACAGAAGGCCUCAGGACAUGGCCACAGACCCCUGCCUGGGGUCACACCACUCUACAUCUGGAUCACCCCUGAUGCCCGAGAGAGAAGCACAGGUGGAAUCACCUUCAUGCCCGUGUCCAGAAGCCACAGUUCUUCAUGGGUAUCCCCAACGCCAGCCUCACACUUCAGGUGCCUUCAUGAUCCCCUUCCUCAUCCUGCUGGUCCUGGAGGGCAUUCCACUGCUGCACCUGGAGUUCGCCAUCGGGCAGAGGCUGCGCAAGGGCAGUGUGGGCGUGUGGAGCUCCAUCCACCCAGCCCUCAAGGGCCUCGGUGUUGCGUCCAUGUUCGUAUCCUUCAUGGUGGGCCUCUACUACAACACCAUCAUCUCCUGGGUCAUGUGGUACUUCUUCAACUCCUUCCAGGACCCGCUGCCCUGGAGUGAGUGCCCGCUCAACCAGAACCAGACAGGCUUCGUGGACGAAUGUGCCAGGAGCUCCUCGGUGGACUACUUCUGGUACCGCGAGACGCUCAACAUCUCCACGUCCAUCAGUGACUCGGGCUCGGUGCAGUGGUGGAUGCUGCUGUGCCUGACCUGUGCCUGGAGUGUCCUCUAUGUGUGCACUAUCCGGGGCAUUGAGACCACUGGGAAGGUCACAGAGCUGGCCAACCCGGUCACCUGGCUGGACGCGGGUGCCCAGGUCUUCUACUCCUUCUCCCUGGCCUUUGGGGGCCUCAUCUCAUUCUCCAGCUACAAUUCUGUGCACAACAACUGCGAAAUGGAUUCAGUGAUCGUGUCUGUCAUCAAUGGCUUCACGUCAGUGUACGCGGCCACUGUUGUCUACUCCAUCAUCGGCUUCCGUGCCACUGAGCGCUACGAUGCCUGCCUCAGCGCGAACAUUCUGACCCUCAUCAAUGGGUUCGACCUGCCUGAAGGCAAUGUGACCCAGGAGAACUUCCAGGAGAUGCAGCGCUGGUACAACGCCAGCGACCCCACAGCCUACUCACAGCUGCAGUUCCAGACCUGUGACAUGAACUCCUUUCUCUCGGAAGGUGUGGAGGGCACGGGCCUGGCCUUCAUUGUCUUCACCGAGGCCAUCACCAAGAUGCCACUGUCCCCGCUGUGGUCUGUGCUCUUCUUCAUCAUGCUCUUCUGCCUGGGCCUGUCCUCUAUGUUUGGGAACAUGGAAGGCGUCGUCGUGCCCCUGCAGGACCUCAAGGUCAUCCCCCAGAAGUGGCCAAAGGAGCUGCUCACAGGCCUCAUCUGCUUGGGGACCUACCUCAUCGCCUUCAUCUUCACGCUGAACUCUGGCCAGUACUGGCUGUCACUGCUGGACAGCUAUGCCGGCUCCAUCCCACUGCUCAUCAUUGCCUUCUGCGAGAUGUUCUCAGUGGUCUAUGUGUAUGGUGUGGACAGGUUUAAUAAGGAUAUCGAGUUCAUGAUCGGCCACAAGCCCAACAUCUUCUGGCAAGUCACAUGGAGAGUGGUCAGCCCGCUGAUCAUGCUGGUCAUCUUCUUCUUCUUCUUUGUGGUGAAGGUCAACGAGGAGCUGAUAUACAGCGUCUGGGACCCUAGCUAUGAGGGAUUUCCCAAAUCCCAGAAGGUGCCAUACCCGGACUGGGUAUACGCAGUGGUGGUGGUGGUGGCUGGGGUGCCCUGCCUCACCAUCCCUGGGUUUGCCAUCUACAAGCUCAUCAGGACCCGCUGCCAGAAGUCUGGGGACCACCAGGGGCUGGUCAGCACGCUGUCCACGGCCUCUGUGAAUGGGGACCUGAAGUGCUGAGGGCCCAGCCCACGGCGUGCCUCAGACUGUUGGGAGGGAGGGCUGGCAGGCUUUUGAGGUGGUGGGCUGCCCACCAUGCGUGUGUGAGCAUGAGCAUACACUCAUGUGUGUUGUGCGUAUACAUAUGUGUAUUUACAUGUCUGUACGUGUGUGUGAGUAUAUGCAUAUGUACGUAUAUGUGUCGGAGUGUGCACAUGCGUAAGAAUACACGUAUUGCACGCUAGUGUAUUGUGCUAGGCAUAUGUGUCAUGUAUAUGUGCACACAUGUGUGUAUGUGUCUGUGUUUGGGAACGUGUGUGCACUCGUGUGUGAUGCAUAGGCAUGCACAUACAUGUGUGCAUAUGUGUGGAUACAUGUUUAUAUGCAUGCAUAUGUACAUGUGUGAAUAUGCACACAUAUGUAAAUCUGUGCAUACAUGUUCCCGGUGCACACACCCCAGGGCCCAGCCUCCCUCUGUGUUCAUCCUUGCCAUAGACAUGGCAUGUUCUGAGGACGCUGGGGCAGCCUGGAUGGGCCUGGCCCCUCCUUACAGCACCCACAGGGAGUCAGAAGCUACAGCGUGGGGACAGGCACCUGAGGGGCUUUGCCUGCACGCACAGUGGAGACUGUAGGGUGACAGUGGAUCCUGGGACGAUGCUUGCUACCCACCUGCCCCCUCUCCUUCCCCAAGGUGAAGGUUGGGCCCUGUAUCCUUGAGGAGCAGCCUUUUAGAUGGCUGAGCAGGCUAGGUGGCUGUGAAUUUGGGAGAACUUAGCCACAUCCUCCUGAGUCCUGCCUCCAGCCAGCACCACCGAGUCCAGGUCCAGUUCUCUCCUGCUUAAGGAAUGUCAGCCCAGCCCCUUGGUCCUUACUCUGCAACCACAAUCAAUGGACAGUGAAAUAAAACUCAACUUGGCAUAAUUUAAGGCAGA